CGACGCGUGGUCAAACACGUCCUGGAGGGCCAUGACCGGGGUGUGAACUGGGCCGCCUUCCACCCCUCCAUGCCCCUCAUCGUGUCCGGGGCCGACGACCGCCAGGUCAAGAUCUGGAGGAUGAACGAAUCCAAGGCCUGGGAGGUGGACACGUGCCGGGGCCACUACAACAACGUUUCCUGCGCCGUUUUCCACCCGCGCCAGGAGCUGAUCCUCAGCAAUUCCGAGGACAAGAGCAUCCGGGUGUGGGACAUGUCCAAGCGGACCGGAGUCCAAACGUUCCGGCGCGACCACGACCGGUUCUGGGUGCUGGCGGCGCAUCCCAACCUCAACCUGUUCGCUGCCGGGCACGACGGGGGCAUGCUGGUGUUCAAGCUGGCGGAGCGGCCGGCGCUGGCCGUGCACGGCAAUUCCCUGUUCUACGUCAAGGAUCGAUUCCUGCGGCAGCUCGACUUCGGCAGCUCCCGCGACGUGGCCGUCAUGCAGCUCCGCAGCGGUUCCAAGUUCCCGGUGUUCAGCAUGAGCUACAACCCAGCUGAGAACUCCGUGCUGCUCUGCACCCGAGCCAGCAACCUGGAGAACAGCACCUACGACCUGUACACCAUUCCCAAGGAUGCAGAUUCCCAAAAUCCCGACGCUCCGGAGGGGAAGCGCUCCUCGGGGCUCACGGCCGUGUGGGUGGCGCGGAACCGAUUCGCCGUCCUGGACAGGAUGCACUCGAUCCUGAUCAAGAACCUGAAGAACGAGAUCACCAAGAAGGUUCCGGUUCCCAACUGUGACGAGAUUUUCUACGCGGGCACCGGGAACCUGCUCCUGAGGGACUCCGACUCCAUCACCCUCUUCGACGUCCAGCAGAAAAGGACCUUGGCCUCGGUGAAGAUCUCCAAGGUGAAGUACGUGAUCUGGUCGGCCGACAUGUCCCACGUGGCGCUGCUGGCCAAGCACGCCAUCCUGAUCUGUAACCGGAAGCUGGAGUCGCUGUGCCAGAUCCACGAGAACAUCCGGGUCAAGAGCGGCGCCUGGGACGAGAGCGGCGUCUUCAUCUACACCACCAGCAACCACAUCAAAUACGCCGUCACCUCGGGGGACCACGGGAUCAUCCGCACGCUGGACCUGCCCAUCUACGUGACGCGCGUGAAGGGCAACAACGUUUACUGCCUGGACCGGGAGUGCCGGCCCCGCGUGCUCACCAUCGACCCCACCGAGUUCCGCUUCAAGCUCGCCCUCAUCAACAGGAAAUACGACGAGGUGCUGCACAUGGUGCGGAACGCCAAGCUGGUGGGGCAGUCGAUCAUCGCCUACCUGCAGCGCAAGGGCUACCCCGAGGUGGCCCUGCACUUCGUCAAGGACGAGAAAACGCGCUUCAGCCUGGCCCUGGAGUGCGGCAACAUCGAGAUUGCCCUGGAGGCAGCCAAGGCUCUGGAUGACAAGGGCUGCUGGGAGAAGCUGGGCGAGGUGGCCCUGCUGCAGGGCAACCACCAGGUGGUGGAGAUGUGCUACCAGCGCACCAAGAACUUCGACCGCCUCUCCUUCCUCUACCUCAUCACCGGCAACCUGGAGAAGCUCCGCAAGAUGAUGAAGAUCGCGGAGAUCCGGAAGGACAUGAGCGGGCACUACCAGAACGCGCUGUACCUGGGGGACGUGGCCGAGAGGGUGCGGAUCCUGCGGAACUGCGGCCAGAAGUCCCUGGCGUUCCUGACGGCCGCCACGCACGGGCUGGACGAGGAGGCCGAGAGCCUGCGGGAAUCCUUCGAUCAGAAGGAGACGAUCCCGGCCGUGGAUCCCGAGGCGCGGCUGCUGCAGCCGCCGGCCCCGGUGCUGCCCCUGGACACCAACUGGCCCAUGCUGACCGUGUCCAAGGGCUUCUUCGAGGGCUCCAUCGCCGGGAAAGGAGGAGCCCUGGCUGCCGACAUCGACAUUGACACCGUGGGCACCGAGGGCUGGGGCGAGGACGCCGAGCUGCAGCUGGAUGAAGACGGAUUCGUGGAUGCCGGGGAAGGAUUCGGAGAGGAAGACGGAAAAGGGCAGGAGGAAGGAGGAGGAUGGGAGGUGGAAGAAGAUUUGGAUCUUCCCCCGAGCUGGUAGGGAGAAUCCUGGGGAGAUGUCCCUGCCGGCCCUGCAGGAACGGCUGAGGACGGAUUCUUUGUGCCUCCCACCAAAGGCACCAGCCCAGCCCAGGUGUGGUGCAACAAUUCCCAGCUCCCCGUGGAUCACAUCCUGGCAGGAUCCUUCGAGACAGCCAUGAGGCUGCUCCAUGACCAGGUGGGAGUGACCAACUUCGGGCCCUACAAGCAGCUCUUCCUGCAGACCUUCUCCCGGGGCAGGACGACAUUCCAGGCCCUUCCCAGCCUCCCGCCUGUACGAUUCCCGCACCGCAACUGGAAGGAGGCCGGGCUGAAGAACGCGCUGCCGGCCGUGGGGCUGAAGCUGAACGACCUGAUCCAGCGGCUGCAGCUCUGCUACCAGCUGACCACGGCCGGCAAGUUCGAGGAGGCCGUGGAAUUCCGGCUGAUCCUGCUCAGCGUGCCCCUGCUGGUGGUGGACAACAAGCAGGAGAUCGCCGAGGCACAGCAACUGGUCGCCAUAUGCCGGGAAUACAUCGUGGGGUUGUCCAUGGAGAUCGAGAGGAAGAAACUGCAGGAGACUCUGGAGCAGCAGAAGAGGAUCUGUGAGAUGGCCGCCUACUUCACACACUCCAACCUGCAGCCCGUGCACAUGAUCCUGGUGCUCCGCACCGCCCUCAACCUCUUCUUCAAGCUCAAGAACUUCAAAAGCGCCGCCACCUUCGCCCGGCGCCUGCUCGAGCUCGGCCCCAAGCCCGAGGUGGCCCAGCAGACGCGGAAGAUCCUGGCGGCGUGCGAGAAGAACCCCAUUGACAGCCACCAGCUCAACUACGACCAGCAACCCUUCGACAUCUGCGCCGCCUCCUACCGCCCCAUCUACCGCGGCAAAGCCGUGGAGAAGUGUCCCCUCAGCGGGGCCUGCUACAGCCCCGAGUUCCGGGGACAGAUCUGCCGCGUCACCACGGUGACGGAGAUCGGGAAGGACGUGCUGGGGCUGCGCAUCAGCCCCCUCCAGUUCCGCUAGGAAUUCUCCUGGAGAAGGAAAUUCCCAGUCCCCCACCCCAGCUUUCCCCCCACUCCCUCCCCUUGGCCAUUCCCAUCCUCUCUUCCCGGUUUUU